AAUUAUAAUUCAUUAGUUUCCCGCUACAAUAUUUUUGUACUUAUUAAUUUAUUGCAUUAUUUUGCUUAAAGAAUGAGAUCAAGGGUAGUGAGUCCUAUGGUGGUGAUCAUCAGCUUGAUGAUGGUUGCAAAUGCUGGUAACUUUUAUGAAGACUUCUAUGUGACCUGGGGAGGUGACUACAACGCUAAGAUACUCAACGGUGGCAAUGAUCUCACUCUUUCUCUUGAUCAAGCUUCUGGCUCAGGAUUUCAGUCCAACAAUGAGUAUUUAUUUGGAAAGAUUGAUAUGCAGCUCAAGCUUGUCCCCGGCAAUUCUGCUGGUACUGUUACUGCCUAUUAUUUAUCAUCAAAAGGGGCAACAUGGGAUGAAAUAGACUUUGAAUUCUUGGGAAAUUUGAGUGGCGAUCCUUACAUCCUCCACACUAAUGUUUUUAGCCAAGGCAAAGGCAACAGAGAGCAGCAAUUCUACCUUUGGUUCGACCCCACUGCUGAUUUUCACACCUAUUCCAUCCUUUGGAAUCCUAAAAAUAUAAUAUUCUAUGUGGACGGAAUUGCAAUUAGAGAAUUCAAGAACAUGGAGAGCAUUGGCGUUCCAUUUCCAAAAAAGCAACCAAUGAGAAUAUACUCCAGUCUGUGGAAUGCAGAUAAUUGGGCAACAAGAGGAGGCCUUGUGAAGAUAGAUUGGUCUCAUGCGCCCUUCACUGCUUCUUACAGAAACUUCAACGCCAAUGCCUCCAUCUGCACCAAUGGGCCUUCUUCUUGUACUUCUUCUAACCCUAAUUCCAACAAUUCAUGGCUCUGGGAAGAACCAGACUUUGCAAAACAAGGUCAGAUGAAAUGGGUUCAGGACAAUUAUAUGAUUUAUAAUUAUUGCAAAGAUGCUAAACGUUUUCCACUAGGUCUCCCUAAGGAAUGCUAUGUGUCUAAUUAGUAGUUUCUGGAGGAACCAAAAAUAGGAUAUUUUGGUUCAUAUAUUUCUUCUAAAACCAAUCAUUUUCUUGGGUUUUUAUGAAUUUAUUCAUACCAAUUUGUAACCUCCAUCAAUUUUUUUUUAUUGAAGUCUCUUGUGCCCCCUUUGAGCUAA